GCCCCAUCCCCGCCUUCUGUCAGGGCAAGCAGGCCCUCACCAUCCUCAAUCUCGCCUCCAACGCCCUCUCCGGCCCGCCCACCCCGCUCUCCUCCCCCUCCUGCUCCGCCUCCCUUCAGGCCCUUUACCUCUCCUCCAACCGCCUCUCCGGCCCCAUCCCCAAUACAAUCGGCUCCUUAAGAAGCCUCAUGAACCUCCGCCUCGAUAAUAACGCCCUCACAGGACCGAUCCCAGCCGGUUUCGCGUCGCCUCGCUAUCUCUCCCCUCCCAUCUCGCACGCCUUUCUCUCCCGUCACCCGUCUUCUCUCCCGUCGUCCAUCCCCUCCCAUCGCCUUUCCUCUCCCGUCGCCUUUCCUCUCCCGUCGCCCUUCCUCUCCCGUCGCCUUUCCUCUCCCUUCGCCUUUCCUCUCCCGUUGCCCUUCCUCUCCCGUCGCCUUUCCUCUCCCGUCGCCCUUUCCUCUCCCGUUGCCCUUCCUCUCCCGUCGCUUUCCUCUCCCGCCGCCCUUCCUUCUCUCCCGUCGCCCUUCUCUCCCGUCGCCUUUCUCUCACGUCGCCCUUCCCACUCUCCCGUCGCCCUUCCUACUCUCCCGUCGCCCUUCCUACUCUCCCGUCGCCCUUCCUACUCUCCCGUCGCCUUUCUCUCCCGUCGCCCUUCCUACUCUCCCGUCUCCCUUCAUCUCUCCCGUCGCCCUUCCUCUCUCCCGUCACCUAUUCUCUCUCCCGUCGCCCUUCCUCCUCUUAGAGUAUAG